AAUGUUGGAUUGCGAUGAUGGUCCCGUCUGGCACUUAAGGCCCGACUACAGCAAGCAGAAAUUUGCUGUCCCACAGGCCAUCGAAUCACUCCAAACCAUCAUUCGUCACUCAUACAGCACCUCUUUAAUUACCCCUGCAACUGAACCAAUACGCACUACUAUUUACUCUCUCAAUUGGUAAGGUAAACAAGCUAGAAGAGACCCCAGAGCGGUUUUCUCUUUGCUCAUAUGAACAUAAAUCCGCAAGGACAAAGGCCCGACUCACGUACUACAAGCCACUGAAUAGCUUAGCUGUGUGUCUUUUUGGGGAGGUGCCUUUCUAUUCCUCUUUCCAGAUUUGUUUCACCUGAUAAUGUAAAAAUUCAGCGGCUAAAAGUGAGGGGAGGAAAAAGGGUUGAUUGGAUCUUUGGCGUUGAAGCGUGCUUGCUGGAUCUGCAACAAAUCUUGUUCUUCCGAAGUUGGUUAUGGCGGCCUUCAGCUUUUUCCAGGUCUUGGCUGUCUGCAUUUGCUUGCUGAUGGGCUUCUCCAUUGCUGACGACCCCACUGUUAGCUUCGACUUUGUGGUGUCAUACAUUACUGCUUCUCCUCUCGGCGUUCCUCAGCAGGUGAUUGCUGUCAAUGGCAAGUUUCCAGGCCCGACUAUUAAUGUAACAACCAACAACCAUGUAAUUGUUAAUGUGAGAAAUAAAUUAGAUGAAGGCUUCUUGAUCCAUUGGGCUGGGAUACAGCAAAGGAGGAGUUCUUGGCAAGAUGGGGUUCUUGGCACAAAUUGUCCCAUUCCUCCAAAGUGGAAUUGGACAUACCAAUUUCAGGUCAAGGACCAGAUUGGGAGCUACUUCUACUUCCCCUCUCUGAAUUUCCAGAGGUCGUCGGGUGGCUUCGGUAGUUUCAUUAUUAAUAACAGAGUGAUAAUUCCGGUUCCCUUCGACACCCCUCACGGGGACAUCCCAAUUAUGAUAGGUGAUUGGUAUACUCAGAAUCAUACAGCUUUGAGGAGAACUCUUAAUGGUGGUAAAGAGCUCGGGAUGCCGGAUGGUGUUCUAAUUAAUGGGAAAGGACCGUACAGGUAUAACGAUUCCCUUGUCGCUGAGGGGAUUGACUAUGAAACCAUUACAGUCGAGCCAGGCAAGACGUACCGUCUUCGUGUGAGCAAUGUCGGGAUUUCCACGAGUUUGAACUUCAGAAUUCAGAACCAUAACUUGCUUCUUGCUGAGACGGAGGGUUCUUACACAGUGCAGCAGAACUACACCAGCUUGGACAUUCAUGUCGGACAAACUUACUCUUUUCUGGUCACUAUGGAUCAAAACGCCAGCAGCGAUUAUUACAUUGUUGCAAGCGCAAGAUUCGUCAACGAAACUGUAUGGGAAAGAGUGAUCGGCGUCGCAGUCUUGCACUACACUAACUCAAAAGGAAAGGCCUCCGGUCCUCUCCCUCCCCCUCCGCAAGACCAAUUCGACAAGACAUACUCGAUGAACCAGGCGAGAUCUAUAAGAUGGAAUGUGACGGCGAGUGGAGCUCGUCCGAACCCUCAAGGUUCAUUCAGAUAUGGUUCGAUCAAUGUGACAGAGGUUUAUGUGCUGAGAAACAAACCUCCGGAGACAAUUGACGGAAAACAACGAACCACUUUAAGCGGGAUUUCCUUUGCCAAUCCAUCAACACCGAUAAGGCUUGCGGACCAGUAUAAGCUCAAGGGGAUAUACCAUCUCGACUUCCCUACAAAGCCACUUACAGGACCACCUCGAGUUUCAACGUCGGUCAUCAAUGGCACGUACAGGGGAUUCAUGGAAGUCAUAUUGCAGAACAACGACACCAAGGUUCACACAUAUCACUUGAACGGAUAUGCCUUCUUUGUGGUCGGUAUGGAUUACGGCGAGUGGACGGAGAAUAGCAGGGGAACAUACAAUAAGUGGGAUGGCGUCGCUCGGAGUACAGCACAGGUUUACCCCGGGGCAUGGACGGCGAUCUUGAUCUCCCUCGACAAUGUGGGUGUUUGGAACCUCAGGACCGAGAACCUCGACUCUUGGUUUCGAGGCCAGGAAACAUACAUUCGCGUUGUGAACCCUGAGUCGAACAACAAAACGGAGUUCCCGAUGCCGGAUAAUGCCCUGUUCUGCGGCGAGCUAAAGAAGCUGCAGAAGCCGCAGGACGUAUCUCCGGCGACAUCGGUCACGGACGAGAAGCAGAAAUGGUUCCUGGGUUUCAUGCUGAUGAUGUCCGGACUGCUUUCCCUGCUGGUUUGAUAAUCUUUCAAUGGGUGGAUUGAUGUGAUUUGAUUUGAUUGUUGCUGGUUUGUGAGGAUUCAGAAGGAAGGAUGUGUAAUUUUAGAACCUCUAUUUGUGUGUGUGAGAAUGGAAUCAAUCAAUCAAUCAAUCAAUCCCCUUUAGUGAGUCGAGUCGGUCAGCCAUUUUUAUUGUUCCUACUUCCGGCUGUAGGGUGGGUUAGUUCUUCCUUGGUUGAGUCACUGCUCUGUUUCUGUCUGUCUGUCUGUGUUUCUUCAUCAUUCUUUCAUGGCUUUUUCUUUAACUUAACUGUAAUAUUAAUUAUUCAUCGAAAUUUGAUUCA